AUCUCAGCCUCUUUUUCUUUUUUUUUUUUUUUUUGAGUGAAUAUUAUUUACUCUUUGAAUCUUAAGUCGAUCUUAAGAUUUGACGAGGAAACAGCUGACUCGUUGCUAACCAGACAGACAGAGCGAAGAACAUCAUCCCCUUUAGUAGGGCUCCAGACAGACGAACCCUCUAGGCAACAGCCCUCGACCGUCCCAUCGCCAUAGCAACCCCUUGGAUUCAGCAACCAACCUAACCAACCGAUUUACCCACCUCCUAGCGUUGUUCGUUGUUCGAACAUUUACAUCAAACACACUUCUCCCUUUUUUUUCCUUCUUUGUACUAGAAAUCAGGCAACCCUUUGUUUCUUCUACGCGUACACCUGUGUACUGUGUGCCAUUGUUCGGCUUAUCUUUCAUUUUUCGAAACGGAGAACAUAACGUUAUCCUUCUUCUUCAGUUAUUAGAAACAUCAGAGUGUUGAAAAGUUUUCGUGAACUUUAACGAGGUAAUCAUAAAAUGAAAAAAAAAAAAUUGUACAAGUGUACCAACAUCUCGUUAAAGUUUUCUGGUAGCUCUGUUCUACGAUACUGUGUUGGAAAAUCAUGUUCCCAAAGAUUUAAUGAGAAGAACGGCUCGUGAAAGCUGCCUCGAAGAACUGAAAGGUCCUGAGGUGACUUUGAACAAGCCAUGAAACGAUCUUCGUAACUUUUCCAUAUCGUCCUUCCACAGUGUUGCUUCUCCGAUGAAAAACGUCUGAUUACUUCUACCUCGAUCUACUUACCUGAUCGCUUCGUUAAUUUUCUUCCAUUAACUUUCGACAGUCAGCUCGUGCUGCUUGGCUCGAGGAUCCGUGUCGCAGGUUACUUACCCAACCAACUCGACACCUUCUAUUAGCGCCAAUAAAUUCUCGCUGCAAACUUUCUACACCCUAGAUGACACGUUUUCCUUAGGCAGCGAACCGUACUAUAUCCUUGGGACUGCGGGUUCUUUCAAAGCGACCGGGAAAAUGGAACAUCUAUGUUCUCGUUGCAUUAUAAAUAGCCCUUCUGCGUUACAUUUUUCCCUUUUUUUAUAUAGAACUCAGUCUAUACGAGUGUGGGUCUUGUGAAAUGUAGCAAACAAUCAGUUUCGUUGAAAUUCAAUUCAUUUCAUCUUUAUAAAAUUUUUUCACGUAAUCAGAUGAUUUCUAGUGGAUGAUCCAGGGAUAGUAAAUUUCGUCCAGAUCGUAAUCUCUGUUUUAAAGCUCAUCGUCUGCUCGUCAUAAACGUUCAAAAGUGUUCUUCGAAGUAUUUCAGUAGCAAUUCGUCUUGGCUAAUUCGCAAAGCAGACGUCUUGGCGUCUAAAGGUCCAUCGAGAUGACUCUGGUCGGACGUUGCCAGUUUAUUGUGAACGCUAAAGGCUGGCGGGGGUUGUUUUUUUUUUUUUUUUUUUUUUAUUUUCCAAAGGCGACUAUGGGUAUCGGGGUCACAUCGAUAGACAAGCCGCGUGAACGAGCCCGUGGUUUCACGCCAACGCGACGCGAUCAAGUAUUAUAUUUUUAGUACGCUUUUGCAACGACCGCCCUACGCUCUCAGACACCUUACUCUCGGCGACUUUUUAUCACGGUCCAAUCGAGACCGCUUGGCCUGCAAUCAGAGCUUCGUUAGCAGACCUUUAUGCUGCCCGUGCUCUAUACCCCGAACGAUUUUGCCCGCCUUUCUUCAGCCCUUUCAUUCGAUUUCCACCGUUCGACCGUUCGUGUAUUUUGACCGUUUUAUUUUCGUCCACGACCCACUCUGCCUCGCAAUUCGCGAGAAAAUUAACGACCACGAUUGGAAGUGACUUGUCUUAAUUUCGUAGGGUGCUUUUAUGACAUCCGAAGAGUAGGAAAUUUAGAAAAUUGAGCCACUACACCCUGCGUCGACUGAAAACAAAAACAAGAAUAUAGAAACGAUCCAAUUGCAAUAAGGAAGUAAUUACGCUUAUCCAGACGUUCUUCCUAGGAAGGAGACAUUGAUUUCCUUCGAGCGACCGGAAACGGGUUGCAGGGAUCAUAGUCGUACUUUAAAAUUCAGCUUUCCUCAAGCUGUGCCAAAAGUAAUUUUACUUUUCUGCUUGUUUCUCUUUACACUCGACUGUUGCGAAAGUUUUCGAACGAGAUAAUCAUGAUUUCAAAAGUACAUCAAAUUAAUGGAUAAUUCGUGUUUAUUCCACUUCCAUGGGUGCUCUGGAAACGUUGGAUCGGUUGCUUGUUAAACUUCCGACGCAAGAAAUACCGACGUAUAUUCUUUUUUUCGACGAAACUCCGGUACGCUGGUUUAAUUAAUUGGAGGGUUCUCCGUAUCGCGUCUGACUCGUGGCGGGCUUUACUACUUGCUGGCACGCAACCAGCCCGUGUUUCGUCGUCGAACGAUUGACGUCGAAUGUUUCACUGAGAAAUUGAAGAACCUUCUCGACAGACAUUCUACUUUAUCUCUGGUACAUGAUAUCUUUAUUCUUUAUUUAUAUAAUUUCGUUCUAGUCAAUAGAAGUUUGUAAGAACUUGGUGCUUCAAAUUCAGUGAUACAAGUCAGCGAUACGUCAGACACGUGUAAUUUUCUCUACUUCCAAUCGUGUUACCUACAUUUAACGUACCAGUAUCAUAAUUAAAUAAGUAUUUCUAUGAAAUUUCGAAGCUACCAGCAACAAUUUAUACAAAUUUUUCACACGAAUUUUUCAAACCCAUCGAAACUCUCGGAUCCGAUCGCGAAGCUCGAAAGGAUAAACGCUUUUCCGUUCUCAUAUUAAUGGAAUCCAUGUAUACAGAAAUCCGGUGCAACUUUAGGGGACGUUGGGAGGAACCUCUCGGAGGAUCCAUUCGGGUCAGGCAGCCUGGGAAAUCCUUUAAAGCUGAGAGAUCCCGGUGAUUCCGUUUCCACGCCGACCUGUUUACCUUCUCCUUCAGAUCUUUCAAUUUUUCAUCUUCUUCAAAGAAUCAUCCCGAGAUCAAACGUUCGUAAUUGUGUGUUUCAACAGUUGUUCGAAUGAUUGUUACGAUGAAUCCACGAGUUACAAAAUUUAAUCAUUGUACAGUUUCCAAAUUGUGGAUUCAACGUCUUGAAGAGCAUGUAUCUUGCAUGCAGAGAAACUCACGUUUCUUUCAUUUCGUUUCCUGGUUCGUGGAGGGUCAACUUGGAACGUGUUUAAUAUGUAAAACGAGGGGUGCUCGCUUUAAUGUUGCACCUUCUGGCGCACCGAACUUCCUGCCCUCUUGAAUGAUAAACGUACUCCGGCAGGAUUAAGGUCCAUUUGUGUGAUCGCAAAAGCAAACUGACGUUAGUUUACUAUUUUUAUAAUGCUUGGCUUCUUUUUGAACAAACCUCCAUGUAUCGGUGAAAAUAUUUUAUAACUGGCUAAAUUGAUUCGUCCUCGAUAUAAAAUAGGUGCUAAAUUGAUCUUCAUAAAAAUUCAUACGUCAUCCAAAUAUGGAUUACGUAGCUUUAGAAGUGAUGUAACACCGAAUACUCGUGCAAGAUUAACGAGAGCAUCGAGACAACCCGUUUCAGCCUUCAGAAACGCGUACAUCUUUAACGCAUCGACCGGGUCAUUCAGCUCGGUGUAGCUUCGAAAUUUCUCCGUUCUCGGUGGCUUCAACGACGAACCUUGUAACAGUUUCACCCGUCUGUGGCUGGCAAUUCAGAUUCUCGGCGAAAGUGGAACUCGAGAAACCCGGGAUAGGUUUGUCGUUGAUGGUAGAAAGACCGAAAUUCGAGCAACGGUAACCGUGAAGGAUGGCAGAUGACUGAAAGCCGUUACCGAUGCACCGGCCGUGAAUAAUUGCGCGAGGAUUGCUUUCCAACUAAAACCGAAAUAACUUUCAUCGCCUAAGGAGCUGUUAAACGAGAGGAAAGAUCAAUACGCGUUAGCGAACUUCGUCCAUGGAUUCGACGUUUAACAAAAGGAUUGGUCAAACCAGAGAGUUUGUAAUUCUAUUUUUAGAGUACUUCUUUAUUUUUCAAUAUCCUUAAACGAGGAUGUCACUCGAUUAGAUUUUUCGAUCACGUCGAGUACCGCGUUCGUUUUACCUGAAUGUUAAGUGGAACGUUAAUUAGCGCGUCGUUGAUCGAUGAAACUGCCCUAAUAGGGUUUUCUUUCUCGCUUUUUUUCCGUACUCUUCUAUCUUCUCGGGUUAAUCAGGAGUUUUCUGCGUGAUGCUAAUAAUUAUACCUCGCAGAUAUUUUCAACCUUGUUUUCCCUGUAACCCGUCAAAACAAUUAGCCCAGCAUUGACAAAAAAAAAAAACAGAAUUCGAAAUUCGUUUUUGAGAAGGAAAAGUAAUAUUUAUUCCACUAAUUCACACCGAAAGUGUAUUCAUACGCGAAGUGUAAUAAUAUCAUGAUCUUCUAUGAAAUUCUACGAACGACGAUGUUCCUCGAUUUCUAAAUUCAUCGAAUACAAGGAACGUUCGCAGAACCUAACCAACAUGAAUGGUUGUUCCACGAAUUGUACGUUUUACAAUGAAGAGCGUAAUUGAGUUGCACGCAGCCAUUAUUUAGAGCCUAAUUAAUUUUAAACUCCUACGUCUGACUUAUGCUCCACUUAGCCACUUCUAGGUACUCAAAAAUUGAUCUGCACAUCUCGAAACAAUGACGCGUUAUUAUAAUAUAACGCAAUUUUGACUAUGACGGGAGGUCCAAGUAUCAUGGUGUCACCUUUGGGGUCGUUACUGCGAGUCAGUGGAAUGUUCCCAUGGGACAUCCUACAUACAGUUUCACCUGCCUCUACGCUUCAUUUAUCUCCGCGUAAUUCUUCAACAGACUUAUUUAAUGGUGUCUCGAGUUCCAUGAAAAAGAUACUGUGUCGUUUCGUGUGCCUUCCUUUUUUCUCAUCUCGUUAUUAAUAGAAUUAUGUUUUAAGGUUUCGUUUAAUGUAUGGUAUAAAUUGAAGACUCGAAAUUCAAUAAUAAAUAGGAACUUUAUUUUUUGAUCAUUUUUACAUUGAACAGUACAAUUCAUAUCAUUACGUGGUAUCUUUGAUCCGAGACGCAGAUCCGUAUACUCUGUAAGCUGGGUCGUCAAAGAUGAGAAGAUACAAGGAAAGCCGCAAAGCUGAGGCAUAAAGUUGUUCGACCGGUUGAAAACCGCAUAGCGGGAAGCAACCCCUCCACACGGGGCUGUUCUCCAACAAAGUAGAAUCUCGACCUACGUUCAGGUCUCGCGGUCGCUUCCGGCCAAACAUUCGCGCAAGGAUUGCAGUGAGAGGCGAAGAGAGGGUGGCUCUGUUCCUGUAAAUUCGACGAGGAAACGUCCACGACGGUAACGAAAGAAAAGUUUUGGGGCGUAUGCGGUCGGUGUUGUGACUUAACCCGUCUUCGUUUCACCUUCGAGUCUUGUUUCUUCACCCUUCUAACAGCACCGAGACUGUUCUCUUUCUCUCUCUCUCUCUCUCUCUUGAUUUCCACCCCCGUAGAAUCGACGUUGCGCGUUUAUCGAACGACUGCGCGCGCACGGAUAAGCGGAGAUGGGGCGUGCUACGUGUUGGUUGGUUGCAGAGAAAGCGGCGGUGGACGAACGAACAAGAGGAGCGAAGAACGACGACGAGGACGAGGACGGCGACGGCGACGUCGGCGAAGACGGCAGCCAACAGACACGAAACGAAGCUCGCCGCGCCACUGUUUCUUCAAGCUCUGCCAACACGCUAAGCGUUGUCAACAAUUGACAGCUCGAGUGUCGCGAGCGUGCUGAGUCAAAGUUCGAACGGUUCGUCAGAAAAAUCGUGUUACAUUUCGCGGAGGGAUCAAAGCAGAAGGGUGUUUUGCUACGAGGCGAGGUAAACAAAGAGAAGUUUCGAUGCGAAGAGGGUCACUCAGAGUGAACGUUAUCGUGGAUUGUUUGUUGUUAGCUGGUAUCCGGAGGAAGAUAAUAUUCGUUGGAGAAAACACAGCGAAGUGAUUUCGGAGUGCAGCGAGAGAGUGCGUCGAGUGGUGCAGCAGGAAGAGAUUUGGAGGGAUCGUGAAGAUUUGUGACCGGGGACAGGGGUGGUCUUUCGUCCAUUCGAAAGUAGGGAGGAAAGAUAGACGGAUAAUCCGGGGAGGUAAAUUGGUGUGUAGCUUCUGUAUUUUCCGUUCGCUUGGUUCAGUCUAUCUCCGUGAGGCGGAGAGGGUGGCGAGGCAUCGAUCGCUCGCCAUUUUGCACCGCCGACCGACAUCUUCUCCACGCAUCGACGACAUUUUCUUCCCUCGUGACGGCUACCUCGAGGAGGGAAGUUGUCGCGAGCGGAUGAACGAACGAUUCCACGGGGAAAAGGGUGUGCGCCGAUUGUACUGUAUUAUUUCGUGAACCUGUUCCCUUGGUUUAUCGAUCCCAGCUACAUACGAUAUUACGUUCGAGACUUUCUCGAGAUUUAAGAAGGUGCGCGUUCUAAUUGAAGGGUGUAGUUGACGAAUCCGAAUCCGAAGAAGAAGAACAGAGAAUAAUAAAAUUCGGGGGAGGAGGCAGAUAAAAGAGGAGGAGAGGGUCGCUCUGGUGGAAAGGUAGAAGUCAGCAGGCUGGGAGCUCGGCUGAGCGAGGUCGUGGGUCCCGUCGUGGAGGAGGCCAUCGAGCCAGGGGAUGCGACCCCGCUGACGGGACCCUCGAGGGAGUCCUCGGUUCCUCGAGCACCCCCGCCACCCCCACAUCGUGUCACCACUUUGAGAUCGCCGAGACCUCCGCCCACUACGUCUCAGGAAACACAAGAAUCGGGUCAUCAGACCCACGAAUCAAACCCUAGCGAUCCGAAUCCGGGUCACCAGGCCCAGAAUCCUAGCCACCAGCCUUCGAACCCAGGUCACGAAUCGAAUCCGGGUCAACCGACCCAGAACCCGGGCCAUCAUCAAAAUCCCGGUCAGCAGGCUUCGAAAACAGGCCAGCAAAGUCAGAACCCGGGUCAUCAGACCCAAAAUCCUGGCCAUCCGACUCAGAACCCGAGUCGGCCGGCACAGAAUCCCACCCACCAAUCGACCCAAACGCAACAACCCUCGUUGCAGCAACAACAAUCUCAACAACAACAACAACAACAACAGGAAACUCGUCCCAGCAGCAUGGGUACCGUGUUGUCCUUCAGCCCCCGCGACAGGCGGGGCUCCGUAUAUCCUCCAACCGGUCAUCAGCAUCCGACUGAUUUCACGCUGAAUAAUUUCAAUUACGAACAGCUGAACAAUGCGAAAAAUCGUGAAAACAAGAGCGGCGUCGCCACGGUGGCGCCGGCCCCGCCAACGAAUCAUCCGCCUACGAACAAUAACGCGUUGCAAAACAACAACAUUAACUUGAACAACAACGACAACGCGAGGAUCAUCUCGGAGAAGAACGCGCUCGAGAAGAACCUGAAGAAACACUCGUUGUUCAUAAACGCGCUCUCGUGGAAACGAUUCAGCACGUCGAACAACAACAAAAAGAAGCUCGACAAUAAGAACAAGAAUAUUGCAUUCCGGCAACCGCUCGAUAACAUACCCAUCGUCGAUAAGAAUAAAAACAUACAGACGCCUCAGACAAAGCCUCCAGCGUCCAACAAUAACCACACCACGCACAACCCGACGUGCGAGAAGCUAGUGCAGAAACCUUUACCUCCUAAGCCAAGGAAAACUGUGAUCCAAGCCUCGACCUCGGAAUUGCUCAAGUGCCUCGGCGUCUUCCUUCACAGGAAAUGCACCCGUUUAAGAGACUUCCAGGCUGGCGACGCUGUCAUGUGGCUGAAGACCGUCGACAGGAGUCUGCUGCUUCAGGGCUGGCAGGACGUCGCUUUCAUCAAUCCUGCCAAUGUUGUGUUCGUUUAUAUGCUGGUGAGAGAGCUGGUGGACGGCGACGAAGCGUCCGAGAGGGAACUUCAAGCCACGGUGUUAACGUGCCUGUACCUGAGCUACAGCUACAUGGGCAACGAGAUCAGCUACCCGUUGAAGCCGUUCCUGGUGGAGGACAGCAAAGACAAGUUCUGGGAUCGAUGCCUGUUGAUCGUCAAUCGAUUGAGCUCCGAGAUGUUGCGAAUCAACAGCGAGCCAGGAUUCUUUACGGAGAUCUUCACCGAACUGAAGAAAACGUAAAGCGUAUAAAAUUCAUCGAGUCAACUAAAAACAAUCCAAAAUGACAGGCGUGCGGCGCUGGGGAUCGAGGUAGCCUGCCUGGUAGCGGCCUCGAGCGGAGUCUCGUCGUCUCCGGAGUCGCGGUACCCACC